AUGAAGUUUACCAUUCUCUUCCAUGCCCUCCUCGUGGCUAUCCUCAGCCAUCUCGCCUUUGCAUCUGCCAUCGAGCGAUCAUCGGGAUUGACAGCACGCGACGACACCAAUGGCACGGUGUCCACUCCCUACGGUGACGUCGUUAGCUCAUUCCUACCUGAUGGAAAGCACAAGAUCGAGUUCUUCAGCGACGGUGUUCUCGAAGUGACCGCUCUUGAGCGCGAGGACGGCGGCGUCUCCUUCUACGAUGUCGACGGCAAGGAGAUCAACAUGGACGAACUGAAUGAAGAUGAUGAUGCUCUUGAGAAGAGAGUGUCUAAGUGGAAGCUGGCCAUAAAGUUUGCCAAGUUGAUUGCCAAGUACGGCAAGAAAGCGUGGAAUUAUAUCUAUUGCGUUGGCACGGCGCCCUUCUGGAGGUGCGGUGAUGAGUUCCUUGACUGCGCUUCUGCUGGUCGCGCCCCGUGGAAUUGUUAUGAGGGUGGCCUUUGUGUCGGUAUGAAGGUCUACAAGCACUGCAAGUAG